GUAGAGAAAUUUCAUUACAACUAAACAGCUGCCGUAAACAUUAGAUCUCAUUUUGGUUAAAAAAAAAAUAUUUACUUAAACGGAAACGUAUUUAUAUUUAUAAAGAUGUGGUUCCUGCUACUGUUAGUCAUUCUUUCUUCUGCUUCAAAUGUCAUGUCAGCUGGCUGUACAAUAUCAACGAAUGGAGAUCUAGGAGAGCCUCAACCCCUUAUUGUCAACUUAAAUAUUACCAUAAGACUUCCUCAAGAAACCGACCAGAUAUCUUUCGAACAAGAUGAAGAAUUUUUAUUGUCUUGUCCUAGUGGUUACUUGAUAGUGGCGUCUGGGGGUGAGAAUUUAACUUUAACAGAAAACGAAUACGCAACGUGCUCAUCUGGAAAAAUGUUCACCGUUCAAAACACGACAACGAUAUUCUCUAAUAUUACCUGUUCUCGGUACCCCUAUCAUAUUGCAAGGUUAACUAAUAACACUUGCGAAGAAGGUAACCAAGAAAUUGAGGUAGGAUUUUUUGUAAACUCCACCUACGUCAGACACAUGCUGAUAUGUUUCAACAGAAACAAACAUGUCACGCUGUACUCUCAUUUCGAACUGCCUCCAAACAUCCAAGGAAGACAGUCGAACUUUCCAAGGCCUAGCUGGAUCAACGGCGACUUCUACAGUUUUGGUUCUAAUGCUUCAAACUACGACGCCAACGCUUUGGUAACCGUCGUCAAUCAAAUCGCGACGAUCAGUAAACUGGUAGGACACAACAGCACAACUGAGAAUCCUUAUGUGAAUAGCAGUGCUGAUUUGUAUUUAGCAAGAGGACAUCUUACCGCCAAAGCUGAUUUUGUUUUUGGUUCUCAACAAAGACUGACUUUUUAUAUGGUUAAUGCAAUGCCGCAAUGGCAAACCUUUAACGGAAGAAACUGGGCAGAUUUCGAGGCAGACGCGAGGAACUUGGCUAUAAAUUACAAUCUGACUCUCCAAGCCUAUACAGGAACUUACGGCGUAAUGAGUUUACCUCAUUUAACAACAAACGAGUCGGUGGAAAUAUACUUGUACAAUGACGAUCAAGGGAAUCAAGAAUUUCCAGUACCUCUUCUCUUUUGGAGGUUUCUGUAUGAGCCGAUCACUCAAGCAGGAAUUGUAAUAGUGGGAGUCAACAAUCCUUACAUCACCAACAUAUCUAAAGCUAUAAUUUGCGACGAUAUUUUCGACAGAAUUAACUGGACUACAACGUUUACAAGAAACGAUAUCCUGAAUGGCUAUAUGUACGGAUGUGCGCCAGAUGAAUUUAGAAAAACUGUUACUUAUAUGCCAGAUCUCCCUGUUAAGUCUCUUUUACUGUUUAACUCCACGGAUAAUGGUGCCGGAUCGCUUGGUGCUAGAGGAGUCUGGACAUUGUUUUCAUUUAUAGUUACCUUUAUUGCAAUUUCCAUUAGGCAUUUAUUGUGAUAAAUCCCUAACUUUGUAUUUUCUUUAUCGUAAUUUAAAAAAUAUAUCUUUUUAUAAAAUGAAAAA